AGAGCUUCUUGGAGCCUAGUGUGCCUUUCUGAAGCCACCAUUCUGCUCGCUUGCAUCAUUGGGUUGGGUUUGGGUGCUCCCUCUCCCUCUCUCCCCCGCCCCCGCUUCACUGCUCCAGCCUUCAACUCUCUUUCUCCCACCUCUGCUCCACUCUGCUCCAGCCUUCAAUCAAUUCCGAGCACUCCACCAGCUAAAUUGUUUCUUGGUUGGUUUCAAGAAUGAGAGAGAUGGAGGCACUGAAGAAGAAAGGCCACAGAUCCUUGGCCAAGGCCAAACCAGUGAAGCCCUCCUACAACUACAGUGCCCCAUCCAGGCACAAGCGUUCCAAGAGUGAUUUGGAGGAGAAAAAUGCCAAGGAUGCGCUGCAUUCUUCGCACAAAGCGUCUCAUAAUCAGCCAAAGUUGAAUGGUACAAACUCAAACUCUCAUCUGCAGAGCGAAACCAACAAGGGAAUCCACCCCAAGACUGACACGCAAGACUCCCUCAGAAAAGAGAUUGUGCAGCUGGAGAGGCACCUUGACGAUCAGCAAACGGUGCGCGGCGCACUGGAGAAAGCGUUGGGGCCCAACCCUGCUCCGGUCACUCUCUCCAAUGAGAGCCCAAUCCUCCAGCCCACUAACCAGCUGAUAAGGGAGGUUGCGACAUUGGAGCUGGAGAUCAAGCACCUGGAGCAGUACCUCCUAACAUUGUACAGGAAGGCAUUUGAGCAAGCGCCCAUGGUCCCAUCCUCACUUGUCGUUCGCCAGGAGGAGCCGGCGCCGCCAAAGCCGUCGGUGAGCUCACGGUCUGCGCUGAUGGAGGAAACGCCCAAGCCAAAGGCUACCGCCGGAAGAGGUGGCGAUGCAAUGCUCCACUACAGCUGCCCUCCGCUUAGCAAGAGGAGGAAUGGCACGAUGAUGGAGGACUGCUCUCCGUCCACAUGCCCAACCAAGGCCAUGGACUCUGAUCAUGGCCUGCGCAGCCAGUCUGCGCUGUCGUUCCGCGGCGUGUGCUCGUCGAGGAUAUCGCCGUCGGAGGAGAGCCUGGCGAGAGCUCUUCGCUCGUGCCACUCUCAACCUUUCUCAUUCUUGGAGGAAGGAGAGGCUGCUACUACAUCAGGAGUGGUAAGCCUAGCUGACUAUCUGGGGACUAAUGUGGCCGACCACAUCCCUGAAACCCCCAACAACCUUUCUGAGGAGAUGGUGAGGUGCAUGGCAGGGGUGUACUGCAAGCUUGCAGAUCCACCUCUGGUGCACCACCGUGCAUCUUCGUCGCCCACGUCGUCGCUCUCGUCGACGACGAGUGUGGUCUCCCCACAGUACCUUGGGGACAUGUGGAGCCCCAAUUGCAGGAGAGAAGCCACUCUGGACUCGCGGCUGAUCAACCCGUUCCACGUCGAGGGGCUCAAGGAGUUCAGUGGACCGUACAACACCAUGGUUGAGGUCCCGUCGAUUUCCCGCGACCGCCCAAGGCUUAGAGAAGUCGAAGAUUUGCUCCAAACUUACAAGUUAAUUCUUCAUCGGUUGGAGAGCGUGGACCUCCGGAGGAUGGCCAACGAGGAGAAGCUCGCCUUCUGGAUCAACAUACACAAUGCAUUGUUGAUGCAUGCUUACCUCAAGCAUGGCAUCCCGCAUAACCAUCUGAAGAAGACAUCACUUCUUGUCAAGGCUGAGUGCAAGAUCGCCGGGCGCAGCAUCAACGCGGCGGCCAUCCAGGGGCUGGUCCUCGGAUGCAGCACCCACUGUCCCGGACAGUGGCUGAGGACUUUGCUGCACCCAAGGAUGAAAAGCAGAGGGAGCAAAGCAGGGGGGCAAUGGCAAGCCUUUGCCAUCCAUCGACCCGAGCCUCUUCUGCGCUUCGCGCUUUGCUCCGGCAGCCACUCCGAUCCCGCGGUGAGGGUGUACACGCCGAAGCGGCUGUUCCAGCAGCUCGAGGCGGCCAAGGAGGAGUACAUCCGCGCCACGGUGGGGGUCCGCCCGCCGGACCAUCAGCACCGCCGCGGCAGGGUGCUGCUUCCCAAGCUGGUGGAGGCGUACGCCAGGGACGUCGGCCUCUCGCCGGAGCGGCUCCUCGACGCGGCGCAGCGGUGCCUGCCGGAGAGCGUGCGGGCAGCGGUGCAGCGAUGCCGGCAGCAGCAGCAGGGGACGACGGCGAGCAAGGCGGUGGUGGAGUGGGCGCCGCACAGGCAGGGCUUUCGGUACCUGCUCGCCAGGGACCUCGCGUUCCCGCACCUCAGCUGAUCACAGCUUCCAGGGGCCACGGCGUUGGCCAUCACCCGCAUUGUUGCCAUGGCUGGGCCUUUGCUUGACUUGACUUCAUUGAUUAGUGGCGGUGAAUGAGAUUAAUUAAGUCAUCACUAAAUUGUUGAUAGAUUUGGUUCUAGAAUUACACCACUUAUCUCCAUUUUCUUGUGUGUAUCUACUUUGUCCAAGGAGAUGCGCGCGCUGUAAAGAGAUUUUGCCUUUUGUAGAUAAAGAUAUGAUGGAGGAUGAGACCAAUUGUUA